GUGACAAAACGCGUGUGAAAAGUAUGGAUCUAAACGGCACACUAAUAGAGCUAGACUCCCUAAAAUUGCGCGUCUUGACGGAACAACUUGUGGCGCACGCGAACAAUUCGGCGCCGCUUCGUCAUAACGAGACGGAUUCCGCUCCUCAGGAGGACUUGGACGUGAACACAGACAUUUACUCUAAAUUGCUCGUCACCGUCAUUUACGUGGUCCUGUUCGCUAUCGGCUGCCUCGGGAACUCUAUAACUCUAUAUACCCUGUUGACAAAGAAGUCUCUUCAGAACCUGCAGAGCACCGUGCACUACCACCUGGCGAGCCUGGCCGUGUCUGAUCUACUCAUCCUCCUGUUCAGCAUGCCCGUGGAGCUCUAUAACUUCAUCUGGGUGCACCACCCGUGGGCUUUUGGCGCUGCCGUGUGCAAGGGAUACUACUUCCUGCGCGACGGGUGCUCGUAUGCCACGGCUUUCAAUGUGGCGAGCCUGAGCGUCGAGCGCUACAUGGCCAUCUGCCACCCAUUUAAGGCGAAAAGCGUGAUGUCGCGCAGCCGCACCAAGAAGCUGAUCAGUGCCAUGUGGGCCACUUCCUUUCUGCUCGCCACACCGAUGCUCUUUACCAUGGGCCAGAGGAGCGUGGACAGUGAACCCAUAUGCACCACCAUCGUGUCCUCUGUCACAGCCAAAACUGUUCUUCAGGUAAAUGCAUUCCUGUCAUUUGUUGUUCCCAUGGGUCUGAUCUCAGCGUUGAAUGGAAUCAUUGCCAGUCAACUUCUGCGUAUGUUUCAUGAGGCAGCUCAGGACAACCAUGUCUGCGUUGUCGGCGGUAAUGCCACUAUGCUCAGCGUUGCUGUGGAGCCAAACCGUGCCCAGUCAUUGCGCCAUGGCGUUAUGGUGUUGCGAGCUGUAGUUAUUGCUUUUGUGGUCUGCUGGCUGCCCUAUCAUGCCCGUCGACUGAUGUACUGUUAUGUGAAUGAUUGGACUGACACUCUCUUUGACUUCUACCACUAUUUCUACAUGGUCACCAACGUGCUGUUCUAUGUGAGCUCAGCAAUCAACCCUGUCCUGUACAAUCUCGUCUCAACAAACUACCGCCAGAUCUUUUUCUCCACUAUGCACAAUUUCUGUCUGCCAUGUCAACGUAAGAAGCAAAAACGCAUGCUCACCAGGCACUCAGUCAGCAUCUGCAGUAACCAUACUUUCUCUACCAAUGUCAUUAAAGAGACUGUCUACUGA